CAAAAGGUAGAACAGCCUUCUCGCGGCUAGAGUUUUUGAGGCGGGAGCAGGCAAUCGCCUAGGGUUUCCGAGCUUCUUCCCACAAGAAGGAAAUCGAAAUGGCCCUUGGGACCCGCCCGACCCGGCCCGGGAAGGAUCUCCGGAUGAGUGGGGAGUGGUCCGACCAAGUUGACACCCACCCCAUCUUCCUCCCUCGCUUGCCGUCCUCUCGCUUCCUCCACCCACUUCUCUUUGCCUUCCUCCAGUCCUUCUCUUCGCCACCUCUCUCCCUCUCUUGCAAUCGGAAGCCAAUCUUCCCGUCUCAUCAAUGCCCUCUUGUUUAAUUACGAUGGAGGAAUCAACAGUCUUCUAAGUCAUCAGCUUAUAUGUUUCUUUGCCCAGUUAAGAUGAUUCUUGCUCCCUGUUCAGGCUUUGAUUUGUUGUUGAAGCAUCAAGACGCCAGUGUAAAAUGUAAAAUUGGCAAGUAUUCUUGUGCUUUGGUGAACCAUUUGUCAGAUAAAAAGUUCUUUGCUACUGUUGCAAAUGAAACCUUUGGUUGUAUAAAGAAGCCUAGAAAUUUUUCUAUCCACUCUUCAGUUGAUGAUAAUGUAGUCAGUACAGGACAGUCUAGCAAGGCUUCUAUAGCAGAUUCUGGUUCCUCUUCUAAAAGAGAUCUCAUUGCCUCGGAACCCUUAAGUUCUACAAUGCUGAAUUCCCAGAUCACCGAUGUUAAUGUAGAUGAAGCUACAGCUAGUCUUAAGGAUCCUGAUGCCGGAUUGCAAACAGACUCUCUUCAAGAGGGGAAUGAGAAAAUAUCAAGUACAGAGCAGAUUUCAAGGAAGCCAUCUAUGACUGCACGGGAAAAGCUAAGAGCAGCGCGUGUGCUGUCCAGAUUCAGAGACACUCCUGAAAGUUCAAAACAAGAUAUGGGUAUGAAAGUGCUGGAUGCACUGAGGGAUAGUGAUAAAGGGAAAUCAAGAUCAGGCUUGCCUCAAGCACCGACCAAUCUAUUUGAUGACAGCAAGCGUGGCCUGCCCAAGCAAGGCCUAACAUUUGAUUUUCCUGGAGGCAGUGAUCUGUUGUUCAUUAUUUUCUCCUUUGUAUUCAUUAGCUCUGUCAUGUUUGCUACCACUUACAUUGUUUGGAAAGCUGGUGCAAUCCACUUUAAUGAAUACUGAUUUUGUAAAAUUGCAGGAUGUCCACAGUUAUUUUACCUUUUGUUUUUUUUUUUUUUAAAUAUAUUAGCCAUGUAACAGAAAAUGAAUCACCUGUUUAAAGAGCAUAUCGUGGAUCCAGAUGUUGAUGGAAAAUGACAGCCUGGUCUUCUAAUGUUGUAUAUUUUGUUAAGAGAAUAAUGGUACCUUCUAGAAGUUCCAUUGUUCA